AAAACGCCGAGUCGCCGACAGAAACACCCUUUGCCUUGGUUUAUUUUCUUGCUCCGAGAGAGAGACCCUCGUAUAAUCAAAAAGAAAAAAAGAAAAAAUCAAAGUCUCAAAAAAACCAGAGGAAAAUCUAAAAAUUACGACUACAUCCCCCAUAGUUGCUACAUCCACAACCUCAAGCCCAAACACCAUUUCUCAACCAAAAAAAAAAAAAAAAAAAUCCCCCAUCUCUUGCUCUCUCUUCUGCCAUUAUUCCUCCGAUGCCCUAGCACUUCCGGCGCCGGUGCCACUUAUCGCCGGCGGGACUUCCGGCGAGGGCGACUUGAUAGGGUUUUUAGCCGGAUCGUGAGAAUUUAGGGUUCGUUGAAUGGCUCCGGCGCGAAGACGCGGAGCGAACAACAAAGCGAAGGACAAGAAGAGCCAGUUAAGUGUGGGCGAUCUUGUCCUUGCGAAGGUCAAGGGCUUCCCCGCUUGGCCUGCCAAGAUUAGCAAACCUGAAGAAUUUAAGCAUCAGCCUGAUCCCAAGAAACACUUCGUUGAAUUCUUUGGUACAAGAGAAAUAGGUUUUGUUGCCCCUGCGGAUAUUCAGGCAUUCACUAAUGAGGUAAAGAGUAAAUUGUCUGCCCGAUGUCAGGGUAAAACAGUUAGGUUCUUUUCUCAAGCUGUGGACGAAAUUUGUGUGGCGUUUGAUGAGCUACAAAAUAAGAAAUCAAGUGGUUUCAGAGAUGGUGCUGAUAAAUCUGAUGUUGGGUGUGAGGCUCUAUCUGUUAAUGAGGUAGAGGUUGACUCAAAGGUUGAAACAGGUAAGGCGACAUACAGUGGAGAUGCUUUGAAUGAGUCUUUAAGUGAUUCUGGCUCUAAGUUGGGGCGCUGCUCACAGAGACGAGGUGGAACUGACAUUCAAGAUGUAAAGCCUUCUAUAUCCUGUAGUGCAGAUGAUAGUUUGUCUCCAGAUAUGUCCCCUGAGAAAAACAAUAGUAAAAGUGGUGGUGGAAACUGUAAGGAACAUGUAUUAAUGACAUCCAGUCCAGAUAAUUCUUCCUUUCCAAAGGAAGAAGCAAGUGAUGAUGAAUUUGUAGAAGAUGCUGUUUGCACUAAGCAACAUGGUAAGGAACAGAAAGUAUUAACAACUGGUAACAAGUUGAAGAAGAUGGGUACUGUGUCAAAGAAAAGGCGUGAAGGUGCUGUUGAAGUACACAAAACUGGUACCUCUGCUGUAAUAUCAUUAAAGGAUGGAAGUGAUGGUUGUUCUGUUGAUCGCCUUGAAUCUGUUGAGCGAUUGAAAGAUGGAAUUAAGGGCAAGAUUUCCUCCAGCAGCGUGCGUGAAUUUUCUCUGAGCCCUCUUAAAGCAGAUUCUGAUAUCAAUGCUGGGAAAAAAUCAAAAGAUCUGCUAAAAGCUAAAAAACAUGUCAUUGUUCCUGAUAAUAUGCUGGACUCUGGUGCUGUUUCUGAUAAACAGAUCAAGGGAAAACUUUCUGGCACGGAAAAGAGGACCCAAGAUAGACAUGGAAAGGCUAAUGAUGGUGCAAAUGAUAUACUUCCUGCCAAAAAAUUGAAGCGUGUAGAUAUAGGGGAUGAUGCCGCACAUGGAUCACAUGCAAAAAGAAUUAAGAGUGUUUCUCCUAAUCCUAAUGUUGACAAGAAGGCGUUAAAAAGGACAGAGUUUAAAAGAUCAACUAUGAGUGUUAAAGCAGAAAGUACUUUGGCUUUAAGAACCCAAACUGGUAUUGUUGGAUCCAAUGCUUCUGGUAAUGAGGCUGUGCUACCUGUAACAAAGCGUCGACGCCGAGCACUGGAGGCUAUGUCUGACUCAGAUACUCUUACUACUGAUGAUAAAACAGAAAUAAUACCUCUUAUAAUGAAGAAUGAUGUGUCAUGUUCUAGUAAUGUGAAGGUUCCAGGAAGCCAGUUGCAUAAAAAACGGAGAGCUGUGUGCCUUUUUGAUGAAGACGAUGAUGAAUCCAAAACUCCAGUCCAUGGUGGAUCUGCCGGAAAUGUCAAAGCACCUUCAUAUGUUUCAGAUGCUACCAAGAGAAGUGAUGCAAAUAAUGAUGGUUCAAAUAAUGCUCAGCAAGGAGUGUCUACUAGAUUUGGGGAUGGCUGUUUAAAGGAAUCUCCCUCCCAAUCACAUAAUGAGUCUCUGUCACCAAGUGAAGUUCAAACUGAUGAGAAGAGGCCUCAAAAGGCAAUGGCUGUGCAAGUUUCCCAUAGUCCAGGGAAAUUAGAAUCUGAGCAAUUGUCAUUCAAGGAGCAAUUGUUGUCCAAGGAUCAGUUGUCAUUCAAGGAGGCUAAGUAUGUGUUGGUGUCUCCUGGAAAGUCUCCUCCAUUAGGUCCUGCCCCCAAAUCAGUGGCAGAACAGCAUAAAGUGGCCAAACUUGGGGCUAAAGUUUCUGGUACUGGUACUCAGAAGAAGGGUCAGGCUGUGUCUGCUAAGGGUUUGGGUGUUGUUUCUAAUAGCAUGAACUCUUCUCAGAAUCAAGCAACAAUUCAGAGAAACAGGCCUUCGUCUUCUGGAGAAAGAUCUAAAGCCACUCCUAAAUCAAUAUCAAGGAUUGAUGAAUUGACUCUUUUGUCUGAAAAUUCAGUAGAGUAUAAUUCUUUGCCCGAUGAAAGAGACGAAGCUGGUAGGGAAAAUAAAAAUAGUUCAUUGAUUGAUUCUAAGACUUCAGAAUCUGUUAUGUCCAUGAAGCAUCUUAUUGCAGUAGCACAGGCAAAAAGAAGACAAGCUCACUCUCAAAGUUUCUCCCAUGGAAUUUUCAGUUCUUUCCUGUGUACCACUGAUGUACAGGGAAAUAGCCCGAGUCCAUCUGGAGUGCAGUCUCUUUUAACUGGUGGUGCCAGCAACGUGAUGCAAGCAGAUAUACAAGGAUUUAAUCCUUGCUCAAGUUUGGCUUCUCCAUCAACUCAUGGUCACCAGUCUGCAUUGCGAAAUCAAGUUGAUAUUGAAGAAGUUGAGGAGAGAAGAGGUAGUUCAGGGCACAGGACUGCUGGUGGCUCUCUGAGUGGUGGUACUGAAGCAGCAGUUGCUCGUGAUGCUUUUGAGGGAAUGAUAGAGACUUUGUCAAGGACUAAAGAAAGUAUUGGACGUGCAACUCGUCUUGCUAUUGAUUGUGCGAAGUAUGGCAUUGCCAAUGAGGUUGUGGAACUUCUCAUCCGAAAGUUGGAAACUGAACCUAGCUUUCAUCGUAAAGUGGACUUGUUCUUUCUUGUUGAUUCCAUCACCCAAUGCUCGCAUAGUCAGAAGGGUAUUGCUGGAGCUUCAUACAUUCCCACAGUUCAAGCAGCAUUGCCACGUCUUCUUGGUGCUGCUGCUCCACCUGGAGCUGCUGCUCGUGAAAAUCGUCGUCAGUGUCUUAAGGUUUUACGGUUGUGGCUUGAGAGGAAAAUCAUACCCGAUUCCAUUCUUCGGCCUUACAUGGAUGACAUUGGGGUUUCAAAUGAUGAUACGACCGCUGGUCUUUCACUUAGACGACCAUCACGAGCAGAGCGAGCUGUAGAUGAUCCAUUAAGAGAAAUGGAAGGCAUGCUUGUUGAUGAGUAUGGGAGUAAUGCUACCUUUCAGCUGCCCGGUUUUUUAUCUUCUCAUGUAUUUGAAGAUGAGGAAGAAGAUUUUCCAAGCAGUUCAUUUAAGGAAGCCGGUGAUGCAUCAGCAGAGGAAACCACCCCCGCUUUAGGAGAGUCAGAAACAUGUGCUGUUCUUCCUAAUGACAGGCGCCAUUGCAUUCUAGAGGAUGUGGAUGGUGAGCUCGAAAUGGAAGAUGUUUCAGGACACUUGAAGGAUGAAAGACCCUUGUUCACAAAUGGUUCUUUUGAAAUAGAUCCACAACAUCAGAGUUCAGAUAGGACCAUAGAACCUGCUCCAAACAAUUCCUCUGAGUUACUCCCACUACCAGAGGGUUCUCCUCCAUUGCCUCUCGAUUCUCCUCCUCCUCCACCUCCUUUGCCUCCUUCACCACCUCCACCACCACCACCCCCAUCAUCUCCGUCACCACCACCACCACCACCACCGCCUCCCUCGUUACAGCCACCACCGCCGCCUCCCUCGUUACAGCCACCACCGCCGCCUCCCUCGUUACAGCCACCACCUCCCCCGUCACAGCCACUACCUCCCCCGUCACAGCCACUACCUCCCAUGUCACAGCUACCCCCUCCUCCUUUGCCACAUUCUGGCCCCCCACCAUCAUUGGUCCCUCCAGCAUCUUUACCAACUCAGUCUUCAUUACUCUCCCAACCAUUUUUACCACCUCAAUUAUCCGUACAGUCUUCACCACAGUUGGCAUAUCAACCACCCAUACCUCAUGAAUAUUGCAGCACAGCUAGUGGCAACCAAAUUGUCCAAAUGGCUGGUCAUGGCGUUCAUGUUGAUAAUGCACUGAAAAGUGAAAUGUUUCCGCAGCAAUCAUCUAGCUUUAUUUCAACAGGAUUAUCCAGUUCUCAAGAACCAUCUGGAUUUAAUUCUUCAAGGCAAUUAGAAUAUGGACACAAUGAUAUUUAUUUAAACCCCCAAAUUUCACAACCUAACCAACCAUUUCAACAAGGUAAUACCUCUUUUACACAAAGACCUUUACACCCUGCCCCACCUCAGAACACAUCCAGUCAUUUCUCUUAUACAAAGCCGGCAGUUCAGCAACAUCCUCAGCAUCCGUACCCACGUCCAUACUCUUUACCAUCUCCUCUGGAUAGCCAGAGGCGAUUUGUUGCUGAUGAACAAUGGAGGAUGCCAUCAAGUGACUUUAAAACAAAUCAGCGUGGUGGGUGGAUGAAUGGAGGGAGAACACCAAAUGGAGAAAGAACUCCCACAUGUUCAGGACCUACCUAUGGCCAGGAAGGUUAUUUUCAUCCACCUCUUGAGAGGCCACCAGCAAAUAAUAUUGGUUUUCAGCAUCCUGCCCCUAAUAAUCUACCUGCUGGAGCUCCAAUAGCAGGUCAUGGCGUCUCCCAGAUGUUUCCAUGUAGACCAGACAUUUCUGCCCUUAAUUGUUGGCGGCCAGCUUGAUAGUCUAAACUAAGAACUUCAGUGAUCAUUUUGUCUUCUCUACUGUGGGUGCCACAACACGUGGCAAAGGAUUAUUACAUAAUGCCUCAGAGUGAGAUUCAGUUUCAGGCCAAAAUCCGACUACCACUUGAAGGCAGUGUUAAGAACUAGUGGAGGCUCUUGGCAGGACUGUGUAUAUUGUAAUUUUUCCUGACAAAUGUAUCCCUGGGAACAUUUGCUUCCAAGUGUAGGCCCAUGUUUCUGACUUGGUUAGUGCAUCUGUUUCUUGACUCUUGUAAUUACUUGAGUAUCUUGUACAUAGCAAUCAAUUCCAACAAUGAAUUUGAGAAUUGGCCAAUUUAAAUUAUUGAAUAUUUAGGCAUUGUUUGCUUAUA